ACAGCACAUUUCUUUGCAGAGCAGCAAGCAUUCUGAAGCUGGGGCAGCAUUAGUUGCCCAUUUCAACCUACUUCAAGCCACAGACAAGAGCAAACCUCCAUCUACUGUCUGCUGUCACAGCCUGAACAAUUAGCUGGAGCUAUCAGUUUGUCCUGUUUUUGGACAACUUUGAGUUUUAUCCAUAUCAUCAGAACACAAGGAUCCAUGUGGGUGGUGGAGAAGAUCCGUGUGUCUGUGGAGAGAUCUAACCUCUCUAACUCAGCAGCAGAACUCAGCUUUAAAAUUGGUGACGUCAUGUUUGGAGAAAAAGCAGACAAAGCCAAAAGGAUUUCUCUCUGUCCUAAUGUCAUCACCCCUGACAACAUCCCAGAGUUCUGCAUCCCCCCAACAAUCCCAUCCCUGCAAGAGCUGAAGAAUACGGAGCAGAGUCGAGUCGCUGCUAGCGUUAUCAAAGCGUUGCCAUGUGAGAGGGCUUGCCCUGUAGAAAAAGUGACACACCAUGAGCCUUUCAACCGACACAUUAUCCAGGUGGAGAGUGUAGAUGAGAGCCCCUAUGAUGGCUGCAGUGAUGAGGAGACCACCAACGCGGAUCCCCAAAGCCAGGCUGCCUUGUCCCUUCCACACCUGGCCAAAGCUCAGACCUGCUAUGGUUUUUGCACCUUACUGGAGAGCCCCCACACCAGGAGGAAGGAGUCACUCUUCCACUCUGAUCCUGGCUGCUCUCCGCUGCUGCUUUCCAGGAGUCGAUCCAGCACGUGCUCCAAAGUUUUCCCCUCCACCUCACCCUCCUCUUGCCCUUCCUCAUUCAGCCUUAACACUCUGACCUCCAAGCUUUCCCUAGGGAGCUACACCCUGAACGGGCAGGCAACACCAGAUAGCGAUACGACUUCUUCUACUGAAUCCUCUCCUUUCAACUCGCCACUGCUGACCAGGUGCCCUGCCAAACCUUCCCUCUUCAAAGCACUGAGCCAUGAACUGCUGUUUUCGAGGAGCAUGAGGAAGACAGUAGUGUCCAGGAACAAUUCCCUGUCCACAGAUGAAGGCAGCUCCACAGAUAACAGCCCCAGCGUCAUGAGGAGGUCAUCAGAAGGGUUAGCUGAAUGCCUGCCCAGCAGCUACAGCCUGGUACCACCCAACAUCUUUCCCGUGGACUUUAUUCUACACAGAGAGAGGGUAAUGAAGGAAAUAAUGGUACCAAGCUUGAGACUCUCAGCAGAGUACUGUGCAGAUAACCAAAGACUACGGGUUCGACUGAUCAGCGCUGAGGGCCUCUAUCCUCUCUCUGUGGACCCCAAGAUUAUCAACUGCAGCGUCAGCCUCUCUCUGGUUCCCGGAAAAGUCCAUAAGCAACGUAGCACAGUCAUCAAAAAAAGCCGCAAUCCAAUCUUCAAUGAGGAUUUCUUCUUUGAUGGUAUCUCAGAGGAAGACCUCAGCCAGUGGUCUCUUCGCUUCAAAGUGGUGAACAAAAUGUCCACCCUGAAAAGAGACUAUCUCUUGGGCGACUGUGAUUUGCCUCUUUCUAGCAUUGUAACAUUAUAAGCCUAUGUACUUCCUUAA